ACUCCAUCAGAUCAACAGAAACAUCAUGAAUUUGGCACUGAUAGAUCCGUUUCAAUUAGCCCAGGACUCCCCGGAUGCGCUCACCAAUGAUCUCAGAUCUGGCCAUGCGACCACCCUGAGAUUCAGUCGCAAGGGCGACUAUCUCGCCUCUGGGAGGGUGGAUGGGAAGGUAAUCAUUUGGUCAGUGAGCCCUGAUCAGAAAAAGCUGUUUGUGCAGAGUUUGGCAUCUUGAAAGGGAAUUCGCGAGUUCCUUGGUCACAACUAACAUUUUCACUGAAGGGAUAUGGAGACAUAUGGUGUUGCUAUGAAACUACAUGGUCACUGGAAGCAGAUUCAAAGUUUGAGCUGGUCGAGAGAAGGUCGCUACCUGUUGUCAGCGUCCCAAGACUGUAGAGCCUGUCUUUGGGACUUGCAGACUCAAGAACGUAUCCGAAGCGUCAAAUUCGAAGCGCCAAUCUACACAGCGGAACUCCAUCCAUACAACCACAAGCUCUUCGUCGCAUCCCUCUUCGAAGACCGACCUUACUUGGUUGACAUCACCGAUGCCAUCCCUGUCAAGCGUGUCCUUCCGACGACCCCUUUGAGCGACAGCAUCCCUCGCUCCGAGAACAAACAAGCCACGACCUCGGCCAUUUUCUCCGUGCUGGGAAACCACAUCAUCACCGGCACCUCCAAGGGGUACAUCAACAUUCUCGAGACCGAGUCCCGCAAAAUCAUUCACUCCACCAAGAUCUCGGCUGGGCUUAUCUCUCUGCUGCGCAUGACCACCAACGGCCGCCAGCUCCUCGCAAACAGCACCGAUCGCAUCAUCCGCACUAUCAAUCUGCCUGAUCUCAGCCUGAUAACUCCCUCCACCGCGCCGGACACAGACCCCAGCAGCAGCGAUGAGCAUCAUGACCGCGACCCAGCCACGCUGGCCGAGAACAUCGUCCUCACGGUCGAACACAAAUUCCAGGACCUCGUCAACCGCCUCCGCUGGAAUCAUUGCGCGUUCAGCCACAGCUCCUCCACGGGCAUCGCCGACUACGUGACCGCCUCCACAUACAUGAAGAAGGACAUCUACAUCUGGGAACUCCGCACCAACUCUCUGCUCCGCAUCCUCGAAAACCGCGAGGAGCCCGCGAUCAUCGAAUGGCACCCCUCUCGUCCUCUCCUGGCCUGCACGAGCAUCGAAACGGGUAGUAUCCAGAUCUGGGGCAUCGAGCCACAGCAAAAGUGGUCCGCAUUGGCACCUGACUUCACCGAAGUGACGGAAAAUGUCGAGUACAUCGAGCGCGAGGACGAGUUCGACGAGUACCCACAAGAGGAACACCAGAAGCGCCGCUUGGACAGAGAAGACGAAGAUGUCGAUAUCUUGACCGUGGAGAGAAAGAUGGGUGAAGAAGACAGCUUCGUCUUGCCGGUGCUGUACGACAUUGAGGACUCGGACGGGGAUGACCAGGAACUGGUGAGGCAUGGUGUUGGGACGCUUAGGAAGAAGGACGUCAACGAGGGGAAGGAGUAUGAGAACGAUGGAGAUGAGGUGCCGAAGACAGUGCGGCGACGGAAAUAUUAACGAAUGUUGAUGUGUUCACGACGACGGCGCUACGGCUUGGGAUCCCGGAAGGCUUCGAAGGGGGGGUUUGGUCCAUCAGCCAGGCGUUGUGUUACGGAAGGGCCUGGCGCAGUUGGGAGAACAGCUCAAGGUGUGGUUCAGGGCAGGCUUGGUGAUUGACAUGCUGGCGAUUAAGAUCAGUCACCUCAUGCGGACGGCGAAAAAGGCACGACGGUCGCGCGCAGCAGCGUCAAUGUAGAAUGUACUAUCCACAGUUCAGGGCGAUUGCGAGUUGAUACGUACAAGCAUCAGACUAAUUCAUCCGAAUGAGAAUCGCAUGAGAACCCC